AUGAAGGCCUCGUCCAUAACACCGUGGUCUAAAGUCGCCUUCUGUGUGCUCGGAUGCGUGCACUUCCUCGCGUACCUGCCCAGUGGCGCGGUGCACCCGGGCAUGGUCGCACCGCCGAAACCGGAUGACGAUUCGUCCGCAGAGGGCCGGUAUUCCGCGGAGGACUGGUUUUCCGCAGAGGACCGAUACAGCGCUGCCCCCCGACCACAACAAGCGGAGGCGGCAGAGGGCGAUAGGACUAAUGCUGCCGCGCCUGGCGUCCUGGAAGUAUGGGCUACUACCUCGGCGGAUGCGGAGGAAGAGGCUUUGUUGAGGUCGAGGGAAAGGAAAUCACAGGAGAUUACGUCGCCCGUGGACGGGAUCCACGUAACUCCCGACGGCGACGUUGCGCUUCCCGGGGCUCGUACCAGUCGUGCUUCUUCCUCUGUGGCGGUACCGGUCCGGGCGUUGGCGUCGCCAGACCAGUGCUGGGUUUUCAUGCACCUGCAGAAGUGCGGCGGGAGCACGGUGAAGUACAUGCUGCGACGCAGCUAUGGGUCUCGCUAUUCCAUCUACGACUCGAACCAGUGGAAGCUCGGCGACGACAUCUCGGCGAACUUUGGGGUAAAACUGGCCCGUGGGGAGACGUGGAACGUCAUGGCCGGCGGGUACACGGAGGCUCUCAGAAGAUCGGAACCCGUCGACGCUGGCUGCCGGUUUUUCACGCUAUUCCGGCACCCGAUCGCGCGUAUGGUCUCGGCCUAUUUCUACUGCCGUUCCACCUUGGGCGACGCGGCCUGCGCCUCUGAGGUAGUGGACGCGAAGGACGUGGACUUGCUGACCUUCGCCAAGCACUGGGGAAACUUCGCGGUCCGGCAGUUCGCGCUAGGCUUCGUGCCCUCCGAUGGCGUUCAGGAGUAUAUUCGGACACCGGAGGCGCAGGCUCUGCACGACUUUGACCUGAAGAAGAUUGCGGGCUGGUAUCAGCUGAAAAUGUACCUGGAGAGGCCUGAGAAGGGGGAUUGGGGUGUGCCCGGGCAGAGCGAGGCAAUGACGGUCGAACACGACGCUGCUGCUACUCUAGAGGCCCCGCUGUACGACCUGCUGCAGCCCGCGAUGGACUUGAUUCGUUCCGGAUACGUGGCGGUCGGCAUCCUAGAGCAAUGGAACACCACCCUCCAUCUCUUCGACCACGCGCUGGAGAUACCGGGGAUGUACUGGGGGGCGCAAUUCGCCGAGGGCGGGAAGCAGAGGGUGGACUACAAAAACAAGCGGCUGGAAUCAGAGACUUUAAAGCAAGCCUGGACGGACUCCGAGUUAAAGAAGUACAUGCGGCUCGACCUAUUGCUAUAUGAGCACGCCGUGGACGUCUUCCACGAACAGGCACGCGGGUACGGUCUACUGUAG